AAACGGCUGUGUCGUCUCCUUCAUUGCUCUCUGCGUGCCCUAGUAUUUCAGAUCGCCGAUUUUGCAGUAAGGAGACGAAGAUAUGGUGCACGUUUGCUACUACCGCAACUAUGGAAAAACCUUCAAGGGACCUCGUCGUCCUUACGAGAAGGAGCGUCUUGACUCUGAAUUGAAGCUGGUUGGUGAGUACGGUCUCCGUAACAAGCGUGAGCUCUGGAGGGUGCAGUACGCUCUUAGCCGUAUCCGUAAUGCUGCUAGGGAUCUUCUUACCCUCGAUGAGAAGAACCCAAAGAGGAUCUUCGAAGGUGAGGCUCUCCUACGAAGGAUGAACCGUUAUGGGCUUCUUGAUGAGAGCCAGAACAAGCUCGAUUACGUCUUGGCCUUGACUGUUGAGAACUUUCUUGAGCGUCGUCUUCAGACUAUCGUGUUCAAGUCUGGUAUGGCUAAGUCUAUCCAUCACUCCCGUGUCCUCAUCAGGCAGAGGCAUAUCAGGGUUGGAAAGCAGUUGGUGAACAUUCCAUCAUUCAUGGUGAGACUUGAUUCACAGAAGCACAUCGACUUUGCUUUGACCAGUCCCUUCGGUGGUGGCCGUCCAGGAAGAGUGAAGAGAAGGAACGAGAAGUCUGCCUCCAAGAAAGCAUCAGGUGGUGACGCAGACGGUGAUGACGAAGAGUAAAUCUAAAUCGCUGCCGUUUUAGCUAUGAAGCAAUCUGCUUUUGAUAUUUUGUAGUAUGCGACUUUUGUUGUUCGUUUUUCAGAGGAUUGUUUUAUGGUUUUCUUUUUAUUUUACCCGUGAGAUUGCUAAAACCUUAUGGUUAUCCAUAUUUCUCAUAAUUUAUCUUUACAAAGUUUUGUCUCUUUACG